UAACUGCUAAAGAUUUCCCCCAACUUUUAGCUCUCCAAUUCUUUAGAACCUUCUUUGUUUUGUUUUAGUGUUUUUGCUUUCUUUAUCGAUUUACUGCCCUUUUUUUUUUUUCCAGUUUGUGUUUAAAUCUAUGAUCUGGGUUUUUAAAUUUUAAUCUCUAUAUCAAUUUUCUUGUUGUAAUUGUAGUAUGCAAUUUUGGAUCUACUAUGUAUGUCUAGGGUUUUUCAUUUAUAUUUGCAAAGAUCUGCUUUUUCUUUUUCUUUUUCUUUUUCUACCAGCUCUCGAAUUUUCCUUGGGUUUUGGAAAGUUCACUUUUUUGAGAUUCCUCAACUUAAUCUUGUGUGAAAAAGGGUACCGAAUCCAUUUUAAUGUUUUUAUGAUUUGAUAUUUCGUUGCUAAUUUAAAACAGUCAUACUUCUCUGCAUUUUUCUAAUUUGGUUUUUCUCUCUCUUUGAACAAUUUCAUUCAAAGAGGGAGAAAAGCAUAGUUUUCUUCUUUCUUUUUUUGCGUACGGGCAAAUCAUCUUUGGCAGUUUACAUAACCAGUAACAAAUGAAUAGGGGACUUGAAAUUCUCUCUCCAGCCUCUUAUUUACACACUUCCAAUUGGUUGUUUCAAGAGAGUGAAGGUACUAAAUGGACGCCUGAAGAGAACAAGUGCUUUGAAAAUGCUUUGGCUUUAUAUGAUAAAGAUACCCCUGAUCGAUGGAUUAAGGUGGCAUCUAUGAUUCCUGGAAAAACAGUUGGGGAUGUCAUCAAGCAAUACAGAGAAUUGGAAGAAGAUGUGAGUGAUAUAGAGGCUGGCCUGAUUCCAAUCCCUGGAUAUAGCCGUGAUUCUUUUACAUUGGAGUGGGGUAAUGAUAGUCAAGGCUGUGAUGGAUUUAGACACUAUUACACUCCUGGUAAAAGAGGGACUGGGUCUCGUUCUUCUGAUCAAGAAAGGAAGAAAGGGGUGCCAUGGACUGAAGAAGAACACAGGCAAUUCUUAAUGGGUCUUAAAAAGUACGGUAAAGGGGAUUGGAGAAAUAUUUCACGCAAUUUCGUGACUACCCGAACACCGACUCAAGUGGCAAGUCAUGCUCAGAAAUACUUCAUCAGGCAGGUCACCGGGGGGAAAGACAAGAGGAGGUCCAGUAUCCAUGAUAUCACAACGGUUAACGUUCCUGAUACUCCCUCUUCGUCACCGGAUCACUGCAAGCAUUCGUCUUCAAGUGAUUCUUCUGCAGUCAUACAGGCACAGCAGCAAGCUAAACUAGCCACAACUAAAGAGAUCGACUUUGAAUGGAAGCAACAAAAUGGAGCAGCUAUGGUUUUCAACCGGACGAGUAAUUGCAAUGCUUUCGUGUCCCCCUUCUGUGGGAUUUCAUCAUACGGACCCAAGCUGGAGGAACAAAAUUUGCUUGGAGAAACUCUUCCCAGAUCUCAAUUCGGAUCUUACAACACUCUUUUCCAGAUGCAGUCAAUGCAACAACAUCAAUAAACUGAGUGAAAAUGUGGGAAGACUUUUCUCAAGGUAUUAUUAUUAGUUAAAAGAGAUGAAGAUGAAGCCUACUAGUGAUGUGUAUAUCUUGGAGAUGCAUUUUAGUCCAUAGUUUCCACUAUAAAGAGAGAUCAGUUAGGUGGUUUUGUGAUUUAUCAUUCAAAUUCUGAAUCAUUGAACCAAAAAGAUAAAAGCUUAUUUACAUGAAGCUUGGGCUCUUGUUAAUUCUAGUCUUGUCGUGUGUCUGCAUCAUCUGUUGUAACCUGUUAUUCUUAGAUUGAUUGUGUGUGUUCUAUAGAUACCACCAUGUGGAUCCGAGUCCUCUGCAAAAUGACAGACUGUACUAUAGAGGCUUAAAAUUUGAUAUGAGCCUGAAAUAAUUCAUAUUUCCUUGCUUCAAACACUGAUGUUCAGCACCUUAACUUGGGACAACAUGAAGAAAUCCAUGGAUCAGCUUUGGUGUUUUAGCCACAAGGGGUUAUUUUGUUGUUGCUUAUGAGUUUGCACUGAAGCAGUUAAUAAGGCUAUUGUAAUGAAAUUAUAUUGUGGUUUAAAGGAUA